AUGUUUUCUUUAAAGGACCGUGCAUCUUGGACAGGAGCUCAGGCCAGGAGUCAGUUCCGACAAAACGUCUUCCCCGAAGCCCAUACAAAUGGCAUGUCCAAUGGUUUUACACAAACUAGCGUUCACAUAAUUCCGUCGAGCCAGGCAGAACACUUCGCAGAAUUUUGCCGAAUGAACCACGCCCCUUGCCCCUUACUUUAUAGAAGCAACACGGGAGAAGUGUCAGCUCCACCCUUGGCAGCAAAUGUGGACAUUCGGACGGAUCAGUCAGCAUAUGGUAUUUAUGAAAAUGGGGUCUGUUCCAAAACCGUAACAGACUUACUAGAUAUACCCUUCGACGAGUUUGUUACCUUUUACGUUGGCUGCAGUAGCUCCUUCGAGCUCGCGCUACAAGACGCUGACCUUCCAGUUCGACACGUGCAGAUCGGACGCAGUGUGCCUAGUUACAAGACUAAGGUUCCAUGUGUCACCUCAGGUCCUUUCUCUGGAAAAGUAAUCAUGUCGAUGCGCCCAAUGCCUCGAAACUUAGUAGAGAGGGCCGCGCAGGUGACUGCUUUUUUGGACAAAGUACACGGAGCCCCUACGCACAUUGGUGAAGCUUCUUGGAUUGGAGUGGAAGAUCUGCAUAAUCCUGAGUUUGAUGACAAACCAAAUAUAAGGGAAGGAGAUGUAUGCAUGUACUGGGGUUGUGGUACAACUGCCACGAUGGCGAUAAUUAAUGCAAAGCUUCCCCUGGCGAUUAGCCUAAGCCCAACUGCGAAUUGUUGUAACUUCAUAAGUGAUCUCAACAAUGACGCGUUCAACAAGAUGAACGUCCCUAGGUGGAUGGAAUUUCUGCAAACAAAAGCCCUGUUCAUAACUGAAAACCCUGUUUUUGGUUCCCUUGUGUCCGACAAAGCACUGGAGCUGAUUCAGCAACUUAAAAAACUGCUUAGACGGGAUCCAAUAAAAUCUCUUUUAAGUUGUGUAGUUGACGAUACAGUUGACUCACUUGCCAAGGCAGCAUUAAGACUUAGCCACGCCUCCUCUGUUGCCAUAGUUAUGUCAAAUGACAUUUCUACCAAGGAAGGACUCGGUGUGCUGCCUAUCAUGAAGUCUCUCUUGGCAACUGAUUCUAAAGAAGUCGUUUUGCUUGUCCCGGAGGAUAAGCUCGCCGAAUGGAAAAAUGCCAUAAGCAUUGGCAUCGAUUGUAAACUGUUAAAGAAAACAGUUGGUGUGGGUAAAAUCGAAACAAGAGACGGAAGCUCAAAGGAUGAUGUUUUAAAACUUUCUCGUCAUGUGUUGUCAACUAUGGAGGGCUUUAAACUGGAUGAUGUUCGUCCUCGGCGGUUUACUGCUCUGGUUGCCUGUGAUGGAAAAGGAGGUUUUUGGGUGGAGAGUGCAGUUGAACUGUUGAUGGAAGCUAAUGUGGAAGCUCAUGUGAAUAAUUCGUCAGAUGGUUCCUGGCCUGGUGAAAUAAUCGCAACAGCGCUUUACAUACUGAAUUGCUGUCCUAUCCACUCUCGGUAUCAGCGAAGGGGUUUGGGCCUGCACAAGCCGUUACAGCAGAGCGUAUUUUUGGUAACAUACGAAGAGCUUGCAAACCUGACGUCCAAGUUUGAAUUUCCAUUCGAUACCCAAGUAGUAAAAGAUCUCGUUGAGAAGACAAACGCCUCCGCGUCAAGCGUUUUGGAAUGUCUCAGUGUUAAAGAUUGAAUAUAGUUUAACAUGCCCUGCCCCCACCCUUCCCUUCCUUAAUCAACUGAGAUGCAUGUAGCUGGCAACACUUUGACGACGAAAUUACUCUUAGUUAAGAAUGUGGAAUUAUGGUCACUGAUUAUGUUCAAGUGAAAGGAAUGAUCUUAUCAAAUGAAAUUGCUGUGUAUUUAGUCCUGCAGCGAUCAUUUGUUUAUAUCUAACAGUUCGUGAAUAUCUGAAUUCAAAGUCCGCAGUUAUUUAGGUUUUAAGCCGUCACGUCUUGUUUAACUUUCAUCAGUGAACGGGCUGAGUUUAUCAACUGACCUUUGUUUGGACCCACACACUAUUUCUUGUUUUGGUUUUUGCAGUUAGGCUUAGUUUAUCUACUUUUUUUCAUCUUUUUUUCAUGAGAUUCUCGAGAAAAUGUUUGGGUAAUUGGUUGCAUCCUCCAAACUCAGUUGGCUGCAUGGCCACACAUAAAAGUAAAUCAAAUAAAAUGAGAAUUUAGCAG